AGGAGGGGAAAGGGAUGAUAAACAUUUGCCCUGUGAGCCAGAUAACUUUAUAGAGCAUUUUAAAAAGUCCCUGUGGGAUAUCCCAUUUCUCAUAUUUUAUAGCUAGUAUGACAAUUGUACUAGACAAUAAGUUGGAUAAGGGGAGGGGCUUUUGAGACUAAACUCGUUGCAGGGAGUGAUCACUCCAUCAGAUUCCCUUAAAACUGGCUCCUGGCACUAAGAAGUAUGGUUAUAUUUUCAGUGCCCCUUUCCUGCACUAAAUAGAUGGAGCAGAUUGUGAGGACCAAGGGGGAUCUUCUAUUCCAUGUGGGGGCAUUAUUACAAAAGCGGGAUGAUGGCUUUUAGAGCUCGCACACUGAUGUGCAUCAUAGCCCUCUUUGUCUUUCCAGCUGACUGGUUUCUUCCUAUGGUCAAUUGUCAAGAAGCCUCAACAGUUUUACCUGAAAUAACCACUGAUGUCUCUGUUCCGGCUGGCAGUACAACAAUACCAGAAUGCCGUGAAGAGCAGUUCCCUUGCACACGCCUAUACUCUGUUCACAAACCUGUGAAGCAGUGUAUCAAAUACCUGUGUGUUACCAGUGUGCGUCGCAUGUACAUAAUAAACAAGGAGGUGUGCUCUCGUAUGAUCUGCAAAGAGGAUGAAUUCAUGCAAGAUGAGAUCUGCCGCCAGCUGGCUGGCCUCCCCCCUCGACGCAUGCGCCGCUCCGGUCAGCCCCGUGGUCCUCCUUGCCAAUGGGCCAAGAACAAGGAGCUGAAUAAUCCUGCUGCUCCAUGAGCUACAAAGAGUAGGAAAGAGAUGGGGAAAGGGAGGAGGAGAAUCAUUAUCAACCCACCACCUACAAUCUACGACAAGUCCUACUGGCCCUCCUGCAAACCAGCUCCCCUCUCCUUCCUCGGGUGCUGCAGUGCAUGGGAUCCUAUCUCUGCUAGUGGCUGCUGGAUCAUCUAAAGGAUGCUCAUGUUCUUAUCCCAGACUUGAUCUAAUAGGCCUUGAGCAGCCCAUUUCCCAGCAGUUUUUAUAAUUGCACUGCCCCUUCCCUGCUCCCACCCCCAGGGAGAGAUUAAGGUGGGGACAGAACGGAGGUCUCCGACAGUGCGCAAACCCUUAAAGAGCCCAAGGCCUGAUCACCACAGCACUUCUUGGAUGCAGUGAACCUGACAGUUCUGCAAGGUUGCACAACUCAAUAAGUCCUAGUUUGCUGGCCCCACCCACUACAACUCUCUCAGCCCCUGGUGGUCUAGUGCCCGCAGUAGCAUUUCAGUAGUAGGAGUCAAAUCUCUGUUUCUUGUGUGGCCUUGGAGUAAAAAUCCUUAGACAAUCACACCCCAGUCUCAGGGGACCAAGACACCAGUUUACUAACUGGCAGCCUAGUACUAGUCCCUAGGAGACUCCAUGACGAUUUGUACACUGCUAUCAGUGUUUGGCAGUGCCAGAUAAAUGACAAGUCUGGGGCUGACAAUUAAACCUAGACAUACCCCACCUAUAAUCCAAGACAAGACUAUCCAAUACUACCGUUGGCAGUAGUUCAUAUAUAAGCACAGGAAGCUUUGAAUCCCUUUGUUACAAUCCAUCUGCCUCUGUCAUAGAAACAGUAUUUACUGAAGAAUCUUUGGUUAGCAGAACAAUCUAUUUUUCACCAUAUGGAUGUAAUAUUUGACAAGAAUGUCUGCCUCCUAUCCCACCCUUCCUGCAUCCCUCAGCUCUAUCCCACACCCAGGAGACUCACAGAGAAAGUAUUACUGCAGAAAGUCCAAGCAAAUGCCAAUUACAGUCAGAGUCUGUUUGGCAAGUUGAGCUCCUGUGCCAGGAAAGGGCAAAGGUGAAGAAUUGGUGCAUCAUGGACAUGGUCUGGGAACUAGGUACCUCCUGGUGUGGGGGUCAUGGAACAUUUGGGUCUUUGAGGAAAAGAACUGGUUUGUCCUGAAUAACGUGGGGAAAUCUUGGUUCACCCAGGUUUAUACCCAUGAAUUAUAAUGUCACACUGCUUUAAAAAUCUCUGGGGAAUUCCUCUCCUACCCCAGCUCCAGGAGUUCUUGCAGCAGGCAGUGAAUGUGUGUGUUGGGUUGGAAUGUGGAAAAAAAGAGGGGACCAUCUGUUGGUCAUAGGCAGGAUGCCCAGGAUUUCCUGCUGCUUCUGUGGCUAUGCCUUCCCGCACAGUGCAAGAGGCUAAGAACCCCAUGGUCAGAGAGGUAGGCACACGUGCAGAGAUAAACCAGCUGUUUGGAAGGGAUUUUGUUCCCCUCGCACUGGGUUGUUCUAUUGUGGUCUGGGGCAGAAUUGAGUUAUCUGGGGCAGAGUAGGAGGAGGUUUGUGAAAUAUACUUACAGUGGUGUGGUCACUUAUUCAGCACCCCAUCCUGGCCAGGGGCUGCCUUGCAGGCACCAUGCCCCUUAUCUUCUGUAGGUUUCUUAAGCCACCUCAGCAGUCUCUGUUGUGGCUAGAAUCACUCCUUUCUCAGGCUCUGUCUACACUAUGGGGAGGAUUGAUGGAGCAAUGAUUGAUUCAGCAGGGGUUGAUUUAUUGAGUCUAGUACAGAUGCGAUAAAUUGACUGCCAAUCGCUCUCCUGUUGACUCCAGCACUCCACCUCAACAAGAAGCGCAAGGGGAAUCCAUGGAAGAGUGUCUCCAAUCGACAGAUCACAUGGAAGACACUGUGGUAAGGAUGUA